AUGGAUAAUAUAAAGGUUAUAUGUGGAUCAGUUGAACAUUUUGCUUAUGUGCGUACAAUACGCAAAAUACGUCUUAUGAACAAAGAAUAUCAAUCACAACCAUUACAUCGAGUCAUUUUAUUAAAUAAUAUCUUGGAAAAAUUAUCAAAUGAUUCAAUUCAAGAACGAGAACGCAGGGAAUUAAAUGUUUAUAAAGCAAAAAUUUUUGAAAUAAAUGUGAAAUGGAAUAAUAACAGUGGUAAUAGCAACAACAGUAAUAAUUACUGUAAUAGUUUAAGAUCAAGAAAGUCAACUUUAGCACUUUGCGGUUUACCUUUACCGUCAUCUCGACCUUCUUAUCUAAAAAAUAACUGUUUAACAAUCUAUGAUGAAUCUUCAGAUGAAUUUAUAGUAAAGGAUAUACCUUUAGCCCGUAGAAAGAACAGAUUAAGUAAGAUGAGCACGUCAAGUGAUUCGAGUAGUACAAAUACGCUAGUCCGUUCUUACUCCUCAUCCUCGACCAAAUCAACAAUUUCCGAUGUCGAUACAUUGAAUGAUGACGAUUUUCUAGGUGUUCAACUAAUUUUAGUUGGACCUCCUUACAUUGGUAAUAAGGAAGAACAUAUUAAAA